AUGGCAUCGAAAAAUAAAAAUCCAUUGAGUGAUGGUGCAAAGCUUCCGGAUGAUGAAAAGUCUAGUAUCCCUACAGAAGAGGAUCAACAAUAUUCAGAAAGAACUGGUUUAGCUGGUCCCAUGAACUUGUUAGUUUGCAUUGGCUUCAUUAUAAUGUGUCAUACAAACGCAACAUCUGAUGAACAUUUUUCUGUUGAUACUGAUAAAAUAGUAGAUAUGCUUUCAACAAACAACGCAGAUAUUGAUGAUGAAAUAGAUCAAUUAGAAGAAUUAGCUAAACGAAAUCUUUUGAAUUUUUAUACGUGUAUUAUUAAUCAAAAUGAAAAAAGCUUUUACUAUAUGAAUGCUACCUCAGUAGAAGAAAAUCAAACAUGGUCUCGUGCUUGUCUUGUAUUUGACAAAAAUUAUCGAAGCUUUUAUGUUUUCUAUGUACGUGAUAAUAAUCAGAAAAAUCAUACAAUGUUCUCAAUGAAUGAUAAACAUAUUUUAAAACUAUUCGAAGAUUCAGUGGAAGUUUAUAAGUGGCCAGGUGAUUUUGACACAAUAAAGCAGAUGUCUGAUCAGGAUAUAUCAAUGAGUGAUGAAGAAAAAAUUCCAAUUUCUCCAAUCGACUGCAAUAUAGAAUAUCAAAUUCCUGAUCAUCACUUGAUGUCAUCAAAGACUGUUCGUGAAGUUCUGACUUUUCAGAUGCAACAAUUAUUAGAAAUUUCAGACUUGACGGCUGAAAGUUUUACAACUAAUCGUAAGGCAUCGACUUCGAUAGAAAGUGCUGAAGCUAGAAAUAUUGUUUCAAAUGAAUCAGCGAACAGUCAUGAACAAGAUAUUUUGUCCAACGAUCUAAUCCUUACUCAAUCAUCAUUACCAAAUACAAAAAAUAAUUCCAAAGAAACAAUUAGUCUAUCUAAAUUAGAAUUAGUUAAUCAACCAACACGAUUUUGGCAUCAUCGUAAUUUAGACGAAUUACGUGAUAAUCGUUGUCCAGCAGUUCAUGUUGAAGGGCAUGGACAGCGCGCGUCUUUACAAGUGAAAGUAAAUUAA